AUGAAAACCUGGAAUCUGUUUCUUCUCCUGAUUCCCAUUCGUCUCUCUCUCAACUCUCUCUCAACUCUCUUAUUCCCAUUCGUCUCUCUCUCUCUCUCUCUCUCUCUCUCUCUCAACUCUCAAAAUCGGGUUCUCUCUCACAGACCCGAAUCGAACUCAUCUCUUCCUCUCUCUCUCGAUCUCAAUGAAGUGGAUAAGUACUUGACGGAUCCUUUUGAGAGCCCCUUGAGUAAACAAUUCAAUCUCUUGAAUUGGUGGAAAGGGAACCAAACAAGAUAUCCUAUUCUUUCACAAGUUGCCAAGGAUAUCUUUGCAAUUCCAAGUUCUACGGUUGCUAGUGAAAAUGCUUUUAGCCUAGGCAAGAGGAUUGUGGAUCCUUUUAGAAGCUCUUUGCAUCCUAAAAUGGUAGAGGCAUUAGUGUGUACUAGUGAUUGGCUUAGAGCGGACGAAUUUUCCUUUUACAAAGAACCAACGGAUGAUGAGGUUGAAUUCUACAAGGAAAUGGAAGAUAUGACAACUUAUAGCAUUGGUGCUCAAACAACACAAAGGGGUUCUUCAAAUCCACUCACCACCAACACUUGAGUUUGUAACAUUGGUGUAUUGCAUUUUUCCUUUUAGUUUGUAACUUUAAUUAACUUUGAAUUG